AUGCCCGGUGACGGCGUCGACAAAGAGGCGCUCAAGGCCAAGAUGGCCGCGUCCAAGGCCAAGCUGGCCAAGCUCAAGCUGGCCCAGAAGCGCAAGGCCCUCGCCGCAAAAGUGGCUGCAAAGCUAGCGGCAGCCAAAGCGGCAGAUACUGCGUCGGGCGCAGCUCCGGCGUCGGGCACAGCCCCAGAUGCUACGCCUCCGCCGGCUGCAGCGACUGCGCCACCGCGGACGUCUUCCACGGCCGCUCCGACGCGCGCACUUGCACCAUCGCAAACGCCUGCUGCCGAGUUUGUGGGAGAGCCGUCGCUGCCCCGCGGGCGGGCGGCGACACGCGGGCGGCGGCGGGCGUUCCGAUUCCUGCCCAAGGGCGCGCUGACCGCGCGGUUGCGGCGGCAGCGCGAGGCGGCCGCCGCCGCCGCGACCGAGACCGGCGAGACCGACAAGCGGUUCGACGACUUUCACGUUGUGGGCGAAGGCGCUGGUGCGGUGGAGUGGUGGGAUGCCGACAUCGGCCCGAACACGCUCGACAAUCUCGUCGAGCACCCGGUCCCCAUCCCGCCGCCAGUGGUCGGCGCCGGCGCUGGUGCGACCAAGGUGAGGAUGACUGCACGCGAGCGGCAGAAACUCCGCAAGCGUAAGCGCAAGGAGCUGGAGGAGGAGCGGCAGGUCCGGAUCCGGCUGGGGCUCGAGAAGCCACCGCCGCCCAAGGUCAAGCUCUCCAACAUGAUGCGGGUGCUUGGCAUCGAGGCCGUCGCCGAUCCCUCGGCCGUGGAGGCCCGAGUGAGGGCCGAGACCAACGCCCGGAUCCAGGCCCAUCUUGACCGUAACGCUGCCGCGGCACUGACGCCCGAGCAGCGCAAGGCCAAGGAGAAGGCAAAGCGAAUGGAGGACACGUCGCAGCAUGUGGCAGUCGCGGUCUUCCGUGUCGAGUACCUCGACGCCGUCGCCUGGCGUGCCUCCAUCGCCGCCAACGCCAAGCACUACAACCUGACCGGCACCGUCCUCACCGGCCCCUAUGCUGUCGUGGUUGUCGAGGGCGGCCCCAAGGGUAUCGGCAAGUUCACGCGCUGGAUGACCCAAAAAGUCAAGUGGACCGACGUCACGCUUGUUGCCCACGACGUUGCCAAGCGUGCGGAGAAGCGCGCCGCCCAGCGCGCUGCGGGCGUCCCAGACCUUGAGCUCGAGGCUGCAGAGACCAACCUGAACGAGGCUUCCAUCGCCGCCAACGCGUGCUCUCUGAUCUGGCUCGGCUGGGUCCGUCGCCGUGCCUUUUCGGCCUUUACCUUUGAGAAAGGUGGCACGCUCGCCUCUGGCCGCGCCUUUCUCAAGUUCAAGAACUGCGAACACUACCUCGACGUUGCGGCGCGGGUCGGCCCGUCAUCCUAGGCACAAGCUUCAGAGCUUGGCGCUGAGGAGCGUGUGUGAGCCCUUGCGGAAGACAAUCGGCAGCGAGUUGGCCUCGAUGAGCCCGCCGUGGGCCGGUGGCACCAGUGAAGCCUCGCCUGCUUCGUCGCGGGCCUGCCACUCGGCAUGCUGUGUCGCCGCCAGCUUGUACAGCUCGCCAUAGACGCCGACAACGUGGUCGAGCGCGAGAAAGUCGACAAUGGGCAUCCACUGCGCGGCGGCGAUCUCCGAGGCCUGCCGCACCGGCUCCGGUCGCGGCUGCUCAGAGUCAAGCGG